GUUGGCUUGGGUAGGGUUUGAUCAUUUGUAGACGCUCCGAGAUUUUGUUUUGCUUGAAGGUCCACAUCCAAAUUACCACUUAUUCUGCAGCACUAUGGGGAAGUCAAGCACGCUGCACUGUGAAGUUCAACUGCUAGAUGACCAAAGUACAGUUUUGGACCUAGAUAAAAAUGCAAAGGGUCAAGUUUUGUUUGACAAGAUCUGCGAGAAAAUUGAAGUUGCUGAGAAGGAUUACUUUGGUUUGCGAUACAUUGACGAAAAGGAUGGGCAGUAUAAUUGGUUGGACCCAUUGAGGCCUAUCAAGAAACAGCUCAAGCACGAACCAUAUCAUUUCUACUUUGCUGUCAAGUUUUAUCCACCCAACCCAACUGCUCUUGUUGAAGAUAUCACAAGGUACUUGAUGGUUUUACAACUCAGAGAAGAUCUUCUUAAAGGAAGAUUGCAAUGCUCUGUUCCUAUCCAUGCUCUUCUUGGUUCAUUUGUUGUGCAAGCUGAAGUUGGAGACUAUGACCCUGAUGAGCAUGGAGAAGGUGCAGGAUAUCUUUCAGAGUUUAAAUUCUGUCCUAAACAGCCAGAUGAGAUGCUUCAGAAAGUACAUGAGUUUCACAAGAAACACAGGGGAAUGACACCAGAGGAUGCUGAGUUGCAGUAUUUGGAUAAUGCCAGAAAGCUUCCCCUGUAUGGAGUUGACCUCCAUCAAGCUGUGGAUGCAGAAGGGCAGCCUGUGAUUAUUGGUGUGUCUGCAUGGGGUAUUCACAUCUUCCACAACAACCGACUGAUUAACAAAUUUGUUUGGCCCAAGAUUGUGAAAAUUGCCUUCAAAAAGAAGAAGUUUACAUUAACAAUCAGACCAGCAAGUGAGAGUGAUUACUAUGUUGCAACAGUGUUGAGCUUCAAGCUUGGUAGUUUGAGGGCCACGAAAAGACUGUGGAAAGUCGGAGUGGAAAACCACUCAUUUUUUAGAUUGUCGCAGGCUGAUCUGCCCCCUAAAGAUGUGGGAUUCAUCAAACUUGGUUCCAAGUUUAGAUACAGUGGUCGAACUCAGCACCAGGCUCGUCACAGUCAGGAGAUCCUACGCAGUCAGCCAGACUUUGAGCGAGUUUCAAGCAAGCGCUUUUCAACUAAAGUCCUUGAUGGUAAUCGUAGAUCAGAAAUGAUCCAGGAGGUACCCCAGGCAGAAGAAGAAAAGGGAGAUGAAGAAAAGAAGGAUGAUGAAAAGCCUGUUGAGAAGACAGAGGAGCCUGUUGAAGUACCCAUGGCAACAGAGGAGGGAUGAAUAAUCAAAGGAAGAGUAAUUUUUGCAAAAGAAUCCCAUACUUCGUUGAAAUGUUCAUUACCAGUUUUUCAUGGGAACAUAUGCAAAAUGAUGAACUAAGGCGUGAUUUCCUUACAGGAUUUUGCGUGUCAAAUUUUAUCUUCACCUUACUGUAUGCCAGAACAUAUUGAUAUAACUUUUAAAAUGCUUUUACUAUG